ACGUCUGGUUUUGUGGUUUUCUUGCAUAAAUUGUGUUUCUUUUCAUGAGUACUUGCAAGCAAAAGCAAAAUACAUGAACCAAAAAUGUCAUCACCCAUUAAAAUCAGCCAUUAGUUCUUCAAUAUAUAUGAAUGAUUAUAAUUAUAAAUAUACACUUAUUCACCAUUCAUGAGAACUUAACUACCAUGUCGUCGUAUGGAAAUCUUAUUAGCGUUAUCGUCCCAAUCUGGCUGCUCCUGCUUGUACAAUACGCGUCUACAGAUUGGUUAAAUCAUGGUGGGGAUUUAGGUAACCGGAGAUUCGCGGCCAGUGAAUAUCUUAUCAACCCAUCAACGGUUCGGAACCUCAGGCUAAGGUGGAAGUUCUUCACAGGACGAGACAUAUCAGCGACACCAGCUGUCGCUGGUGGAGUUGUUUACUUCCCGUCAUGGAACGGGUACUUGUAUGCAGUGAAUGCCUUCACCGGUGGUCUUAUUUGGCAGCAGAAUAUAGGUCAGUUGACCGGCUUGCCCGGAACUGGAGUGUCCGUGAAUGUAUCGGUCUCAAGAACCACUCCGGUUGUUACUCGCAAUCUUUUGAUAGUCGGGAUCUAUGGGCCUGCUGUUGUGAUUGCAGUUAAUCGAAUCUCCGGACAGCUCGUUUGGUUAACUACAAUUGAUCCUCGUCCGCUCGCUCUCAUCACCGCUUCCGGAACCGUUUAUUCUAGGGGAUUUUAUGUGGGAGUGUCAUCGCUGGAAGAAUCACUACCUGCUGAUAAAUGUUGUACAUUUCGGGGAAGCCUAGUGAAGCUAGACACUAGAACCGGAGCGAUUUUAUGGCAGACAUACACCGUUCCUGAUAAUGGUGGUAAACUUGGUGGUUACUCAGGUGCUGCCAUAUGGGGAAGCAGCCCCGCCAUUGAUCUUUCAAGGGGAUUUGUUUAUGUAGCCACCGGGAACCUCUACACCGCACCACCAGAGGUGACAGAAUGUCAAGAGAGGCAAAACAAUCAAACUACAAAACCCACCAAACCCGAUCAAUGCACCGGACCUGACGUUCGGUUUAACUCGAUAAUCGCGUUUGAUAUGAACUCGGGAAACGUUGUUUGGUCUCAACAACUUGGUGGUUAUGAUGUAUUCUAUUUUGCAUGUUUGGUUCCCAAUAAUCCUGAUUGUCCACCUGGACCUAAUGUAGAUGCCGACUUUGGCGAGGCACCAAUGCUGCUAACGAUCACAUCAAACAGAAGGUUGCGUGAUAUUGUCGUGGCUGUACAAAAGAGUGGCUUCGCGUGGGCAUUAGAUCGUGACAACGGUGAAAUUGUUUGGUUCAAACUAGCGGGACCAGGAAGUAACGAGGGAGGAGGGAUAUGGGGUGCAGCUACAGAUGGAAAGAGGGUAUACACCAACAUAGCCAAUGGUGCGCAUUUGCCGUUCACGCUCGCACCAUCUAACCGGACCACAACCGCAGGUGGUUGGGUGGCUUUAGAUGCAAACACUGGUCAGAUUCUGUGGACCACGGCUGACCCGAGCAACGACUCGGCUGAAGGACCAGUAUCGGUAACUAGGGGUGUCGUGUUUGCAGGAUCUGUAGCUCCUAAUGGUCCACUGUAUGCGAUGGAUGCUAGAACUGGGAGCGUUUUGUGGUCAUAUAACACCGGAGCCACCAUAUAUGGCGGAGUAUCUGCAAGUUAUGGGUGCAUAUAUGUUGGUCACGGGUACACCGUUGGAUUGGGGAAGUUUCAUCCUUGGACUCCUGGAAAUUAUCUAUUUGCAUUUUGCGUUAUCUAAGUGUAAUACCCGAAAAAAAUAAUAAAAACAUUUAUACAUUA